UAUUUGUUACAUGUGUAUUUGUUGUUUGGAUACUAAUAUUGUUUCAAUUAUUGCUUUACUACGGGAAUGGAAACAAAAGUAAUUGAUGUUAAACGUUUGGCACCUUUUCUGUACUCUUGUUGGGAUCGUUUUAAAUUCCAAGUAAUCUUCACGUAUAUUCAUGCAAUUUAAAUGCUGCUUAUUGUCAAAAACAUUAAUUCAAUUUUCAGACUAUUUAUCAUCCUCAUUGUUCGAAUCUAAAUGUAUUAGAAAAGAAAGUUUUACGACUUAUUAAAUUUCAAAUUGACAAAUGUCUAUUUAUCUAAAUUGAACAAACAUGUACUAUUUUAACAAAUUAGUGAACGUAACAGGCUUUAAAUUUCAUAAACGUCUAAAUGUAACUUUCGCAAAGUGAGAUAAAUUAUAUCAUUUUCCCGAUUAUCGAGCAAAUUUCUACUUAUUUGACGCAAUAUGUCGCAACUGUGCAAUCAUAUCUGAAUUUGUCUUCAAAGAUUAUACAAACAUUUGUACAUUUUCUGUAUACUUUCAGGUAACCCGGUAGGGUAAAAGCAUGGACUAUUCAAGACGUACCAUCACUUGUGCAACCAUAGGAGAAGGAAAUUUGCUUCUAUGCUGUCUCAAAGACCUGCGCCAUCGAAAUUUUCACGUUAAUGCGGUUUUCACAACAACCGAAUGCGUAGAGACAUUUUGCCAUGAAAACAAGAUACCCUGCUUUAAACGAAACGAAGACCUUGUCAAAAUAUUAAGCAACUAUGAAACAGAUUUUCUAUUCAGUAUCUCAAAUCCACGAAUUCUGAGAGAAGAUGUGUUGCAAAUCCCAAAGAAGCUUACUAUUAAUUAUCACGACAGCCCACUUCCAGCUUAUGCGGGCGUGCACGCAACAUCGUGGGCAAUUAUGCGCGGGGAACGACACCAUGGAAUAAGUUGGCAUGUAACCGAAGCUGGCAUUGAUACAGGAGAUAUUCUACAGAGUGAAGCUGUUGAAAUUAUCGAAGAUGAUUCGGCAUUUACGUUGAAUUUGAAAUGUGUAGAGGCAGCAAAACGUGCAUUUGUCCGGUUGCUUUAUGACAUCAUUGACGGCGAAAUAAAACACAAGAAACAACAUAUUAAUGGAAGAUCGUAUUUCGGCCUGCAUGAAAUUCCUCCGAAUAUCGGUGUGUUGAACUUUAAUGAUAACAUUGACAAUGUCUAUAAUAUGGCACGAGCUCUGGAAUUUGGACAUUAUGACAACGCUCUCGGUAGUCCAAAGGUGAAAACAUCCACAGGAAAAUUUUUGUUAGUGACAAAUGCAACGAAACCGAAUAAUGAUAGAUAUGCGAAAGGGAAGGCUCCGGGAACCAUUUUAGAAAUAAUUGAUGACACUUUAGUCGUAGCUACAAAAUCAUCUCCAGUACAUAUAAGUAUUGCACAUCUAAAUGGUUCAGCUAUUUCAAAAGGACUGUUUCCUGCACAUGACUUGGUCGUUGGAGAUAGAUUAGGCGAAAUUAUGCAUGUUGAUGUCAGUGAUCUUGCACCUGUGAAAAAGAAGGAAAACUUAUGGCGGAAAAAACUUGUCCAAUAUGAACCAACGAUGUUUUACAGACAAAAAAUGAACGUUGUAGCUAGUAUUAUUGACGUGUCUUCAGAGGUUAACGUAAAAUCCGUAAAAAUUGAAUUGCCGACGUUGCAAGAUACAGUGGGCGAUGUCUCUGAGAGAGGAUUAUUUCUGCAAGCAUGUUUUGUAGCCUUUCUUGCAAGAAUAAACUGCACUCCGACAGUCCAUAUUGGAUUUCUUACUGACAAAAAAGACAUACCAAAUGAAUGCAUUGACUUGUAUUCUGAUAUAUCACCGGGCAUUUUUGAUGUUGACAUCAGAUCAGCUGUUAGUAACGUGUUUGAAAAAUGCCAGAAGGAAAUCAAAUCUCUAAAAGAGGCUAGCACUUUCCUUAACGAUAUUUUCUACCGAUAUCCGGAGUUACAUGGUCACCAGCCGACACCGCAACACAAUCUAGUGAUGGGAGGGCCGAAGCAGCUCAGCGAUCAAUAUAUUCAAAGAAUUUUACUCAACUGCAACAUACUGAUUCUUUUUGGCGGGGAAAAAGAGUCAGAAAUGGAAAUUCUUUACCACGAGAGGCCAGCACAAGACUUCGGACAUAUUUUAGAUGUCCUGCAGCACUUCGCAACAUUUUUGAAAGCAGCAAGCGACAGAAAAGAGGCAUCGGAUCUGAAAAGUUUGUCCAUGGUCUCUAAAAAUGAGAUGAAUCAAUUCUAUAAGGUCCAACCACAUGAGGAAUACAACAGAAUUCAGACAGAAUAUAUUUCUGGCCUCAUUGAUCGCCAGUGCAGCCUUACGCCCCUAAGUAUCGCACUAAAGACAACAUCAUGUAUGAUGACCUAUAGCAAACUAGCAAACGAAGUAGAUAUUAUGCAGUCUUUACUCACCAAAUCAAUACACCAAUCAGACGGAGAGCAGGGGAAGCCAGUUGUUGCCAUUCACGCUCCAAAUUCCAUUUCUUACGUCAUUUCCGUUUUAGCGCUGGCAAAAUGUCACAUGGCAUUCCUACCGAUUCCUUACGAUUUACCGGCUGACAGGAUCGUCUUUACACUCAAUGAUUCAAAAGUUAAGAGAAUGAUAACGACGAGGAGUAUUUUUGACAACUGUGACAUGAAUGGACUAACACCGUUUAUGAAACUGGUAGCAGAGCAUGAAAUAGCAGACGAGAAAGUAGUUCUGGUUGAAUUUGAUCGUGUAUUUCCAAAUGAAAAUGAAGAAAGUCUUGUCCCUGAUAACACAGAAAGUGAUUUCUUGUAUCUGAUGUACACUUCAGGCUCAACGGGACGCCCUAAAGGAGUGCAAGUUAAAGAAUCUGGAGCGAUUAAUCUGGCACGUGCACAAAUUAUAUGUUGGGACAUUGUUCCUGGAGAUGUUGUUGCACAGUUUGCAUCUAUUGGGUUUGAUGCUUCAGUCUCUGAAAUAUUUACCGCUCUUCUUUCAGGAGCAUCCUUAGCUAUGCUUGAUGUAUCAGAGAGACUUGGAAAUGACUUCCUGGUGGCAAUGAAUAAGUUGAAAGUUUCUGUCAUUACUCUUCCACCGUCGGCUCUUAACAUAUACUCUCCAGAAGAACUGCCAGCUAUUAGGAAGGUUGUGGCGGCAGGCGAAGCGUGUACGCUAAACAUGGCAAUAAAGUGGACAUCAGCCAAAAACGUUAGAUUUUUCAAUGCUUAUGGCCCAACAGAAGCGACGGUCUGCGCAACUGUGUACGAGCAUUUUCCAAACACAUUGUACGAAGACGUAAAUCGAGACCUCCCUAUAGGGAAAGCCAUUGAUGGGGUUCACAUCUAUCUGUUUGAUGACUUCAUGCAUCCGAUUCCUCCAGACGUUGUUGGAGAAAUAUACAUUGGAGGCAAGGGUCUGGCUCACGGAUAUAUUGGUCACGCACAGCAUUUGACCAAAGAACGGUUCGUACAAAAUCCGUUAUCUAAAGAACCAUCACUCCUUUACAAAACCGGAGACCAUGCAUUUCAGGAUACAGAUGGAAAUAUCACAUACGUGGGAAGAAAUGAUGACCAAGUGAAGAUACGUGGACAUCGUAUCGACUUGAGCGAAAUAGAACAGGUACUUAUACAACAUCCAAGAAUAGAUAUGGCUGUAGUCGUGGUCCACAAAUGUGCUGCAACAAGUGAGCUAUCAGUGGCCGCCUUCGUUGCCCCUACAUUUAUCUACAUAUCUGAACUCAGAGAGUAUCUAUCUAAGGUAUUGCCCCGAUAUAUGGUACCGACAUACAUAAAGAAAUUAGAGGUGAAAGAUCUGCCGAAGACGUUGAAUGGAAAAAUCAAUCGUAAGAAACUGGAGGUAGACGAGGGCAUCCAUGAGCAGGACAAAACAAAUGGUCACAGUCAUUUGAAUGAGACACAGCUGAUGGUCGCCAAGUUCUGGUGUAACGUGUUCAAGUACGACAAGUCUUUUAUAUAUUCACUUCACCGAAAGAGCUCAUUCAGUGAAAUGGGAGGCAACUCUUUGCAACUGGUCCUGUUGCUUAGAUUGAUUGAAGAUGAAAUGAAAGUAAACCUUUCGUUUACUGAUCUUGGGACUGCCGAUACAAUUGAAGAAUUUGCGGAGGUGAUACGACGUCGCCGAGAUAUCAAAGCAAAGAAUGAGCAAAGUGAUGUAAAAACAAGAAGUGAAUUAAGAGAAAUGAUAUAUCAUGAUUCAGAGCUCGAUGCUAGUAUUUUCCCACAUCCAGAUAGACGACGAUCUGUACAGUUCACACACUAUACAACACUAGUCAAUAAAUGCACAAAAAAGCACCCAAGAAACAUUCUGCUUUCUGGAGUAACUGGUUUCCUUGGAGCUUUUCUUCUGGCAGAAAUUCUUGAACAGUCGAACUCUCAUGUCUGCUGUAUGGUUCGGGAAACCACAGAAGCUCGAGGCAUUGGCCGUAUCAUCGACAAUAUGCGGAAGUAUGGUCUAUGGAAAUUCGAGUACACUUCCCGUAUAGCUGUCGUUAUUUCAGAUUUGUCACAGAAAAAUCUCGGUAUUGCACCUGACAUCUACAGGUCCCUGUGUAAUGCAAUCGAUGUCAUCUUCAUGAAUGCGGCACAUAUGAACUUUAAUACAUCGUACGAAGACCACAAAAUACCAAACGUCGAAGGUACGAAAGAGUUUAUAAAGCUAGCUUCCACAGGCGUCCAGAAAUAUUUGUUCACUACAUCGUCUCUGAGCGUGUUCUUGUUCCCAAAAGAGCAUGUAGUGAAUGCUACUGGAAGACGUGUGUGCAGCGAGUCGGAAUUCUUUGACGACCCAUUGCUUAUCGAGGGCGGUUAUGGACAAAGUAAAUGGGCCAGUGAGCGCCUAAUCAUGCAAGCUUUAGAUUUCUUACCCGGUGGUGCAAUAUUUCGACCAGCUCGUGUAUCGGGACGAAGCACUGAUGGAGUCGGUCCAAAGAAUGACCUUUUUGCAUCUACAAUGGUCGGCCUGAAACAGAUGGGAUCAUAUCCAGAUAUGAAUUUUCCCUACGACCUGACACCAGUAGAUUUCUGCGCUAAAGCAAUGAUCGAAGUUACAUUGAAAAUUUGCAAUACCGAAAGCGAAACUUUUGAAAAGGUGUACCAUCUAUUCAACAAAGAUACGAUACCGUUUCGGGAUCUGUUCAAAGGGAUGGGAAUGAGAGGUAUUUCCCUGGAUGACUGGCGGAAGGAGCUAAAGCAAAUUGAUAGCAGUAAUAGGGCACUUGUUCCACUGACUCCGUUCUUCAUGUCUGGAUUCUGGGACAGGGCUCCUGAUUGGCCGGUAUUCGACACGAGCAACCUUGACAACGCAAUAUCUGAUGGCGCAAAGGCACUUCUAAAGCCUUCUGGUGAACUUUUACAAAUAUACAAAACUUUUUUCGACGUUUAAGAAAAUACUUCAACAUAGAAAUGUCAAAAAUGUUAUACAUCAUUUUUUUCGAAUAUACAAAUAGUCAUACAAAAUUGAAAAUAAGCGAGAAUGCAGUGGAGUAAAGCAUGACGCGAUUUACAAAUAAAUGAGGCAAUUUCACGAAAAAUAUAACAAAUUAUUCUUUGAUUAUUUUACAUAAAGAAAAAACGAAACGAUAGUAAUGAACUGUCGUGGAUUGGUACAAACAAUAAUGCAUUCAAAUAAAUGUGAUGUUUCGCUUUCAGGCAUAUCAGAACCGUAUUUUGGUAUUUAUAUAUUAGGGUCUAUGCAAAAACGUUGUUCAUUUGACCGGAAUGUGUAGUCGUGUAUAUCUAUUUGCGUGAUUUUUUCAAUAGCUGUAUCAUAAAUUAAUGCGGUUUCAUUCGUUGCAGGUAUCAAUGAAAAUGAUUACUCUUUGAAGUGCGAGUUGACAAUGAAAAAAAACCCAUUGUUUAUGUGUUCACCUGCAAAAAAAAAAUGUAUUCUGUAACCGUAUAUAUCAUAUAAGUAAAGUACGACAUUGUAAUUGCCAUGAAUGUACAUUUUGUUCAAUUUAACUACGAACUAUAAGUAUAGCUGCGUUAAUAUAUUAUAUACCGCCGUAAUAUUCCGAAAUAACUUGCACACCAUGAGUAUUUCCUAAGAGCGAUGACAUUUACAAUGACAAAUAGUAAAUGAUUUAAAUGAAUUUUCUUUUGUAAGAGUGAUACAGUAUGAAAGGUGUUUAUCAUCACUUUGUAAAAAUAUAACUUAAUCUGAUAUGCCAAUGAGGCCAGAAAAAAAGUCUUUUUUACGACCUUAAAUAAAACGAGCUUUCAACUUUACGCUCCUGAUGGA